CGCUAGCCGAAAGAACAGUAUUAAUCACAUCUUUCCCUUUUCCUUCAUCUUACUUUAAAACGAGUGUACUGGCUUCACCUUCAAAACGGAAUAACUUGCUCGUAGCCCAGGUUCCAACAGACCUCACCAAAAUGCCCUCUCAAAUGGAACAUGCCAUGGAAACCAUGAUGUUCACAUUUCACAAAUUUGCUGGGGAUAAAGGCUACUUAACAAAGGAGGACCUGAGAGUACUCAUGGAAAAGGAGUUCCCUGGAUUUUUGGAAAAUCAAAAAGACCCUCUGGCUGUGGACAAAAUAAUGAAGGACCUGGACCAGUGCCGAGACGGCAAAGUGGGCUUCCAGAGCUUCUUUUCACUAAUCGCUGGGCUCACCAUCGCAUGCAAUGACUAUUUUGUAGUACAUAUGAAGCAGAAGGGAAAGAAGUAGGCAGCAUUGAGCAAGUACUCCCACCCUGAUAAGAAUUCUCAUAAAGGGUCACUUAAGAAAUCUGCCCCACAGCUACCCCUGUAUAAGGAUUUCCUGAGCAGAUUGGGACCCUUAGAAAAUGUACAAAUAAAAUCCACCUCCACCAUGAGAAGCAGAGAAAGAAAAGUCAAUUAAAGGCAGAUAAGCUUUUGAUUUUUAUAUUGCUUGCAUCCCCUUGCCCUCAAUAAACAAAUUCCUUUCUUAGUUCUGAA